CCUUUAUAUCAGUUCUCCAAUCGGUACGUAGCUUCCCCAAUCGAUAAAGGUCCUCCUUGUAGACCUGCAGAUCAACUCAAAUCGCAGCACCGUCCUGCUCCUGGGGCGCCGACAUUAAGCAUUUGUUUGCCCAUCAUGUCGGCCCAAAUAGCUCCCACGAUUCCUCCUCGACCGACUCGAGCCCAACAAGCAGCGGGCGCUCAAGGUGCCAGCAGACUGCCCGAAAUGCCUCCUCGUCCUAUCAACAAACGUCUCGAACGCUCAGUCUCCCCCGGAAACUUUCCUCGUUCGCCGUUGAAUGAGCCAUGGAGCGGCAAUAUCUCUCGUCAGAAGACCAACGAACAGGUCGAUGCCCUGCCCCGUCGUCCCAGCGUCCAGAAUUUACCCUCGAUCGGACAAGAAGGAAUGGAAUAUGCCGAUAUUAUGAACAUGCAGACCAACCUGCAGCCUCCGAGUUCCUCAAUCGCUGCGGACGCAGCCGCCCAAACCAGAAACAUUGCCCAAGAUUUGAAGUUGCACGCUCCUAAGCCGUCUCUGCCGAAGUCGAGUGCGACAGCCCAGGUACAAGCUGUUACCAGGACCGACUCUUCUCAAGCUGCUCACCUCGGGUUUGGGAAACCUGCCACACCCUCUCAAGACGAAGGUGAAGGACUUCAGCGGAUUCGCACGCGGACAAGUUUCUCCCGUCCCUCCUCGACCGUUGACGGUGAACGUCGUCCUUCCAUGCACUCCGAAGAGACUGGCCCUGCCGAAAUCGGUAUCCGUGUCCCGAUUAAUCCUUUAUUGGGAGACGUGCAAGCCCCUUCUCCCGGACCCGGUAUGAGCCCAAGCAAUACGGGAACCAACGGUGACAGGAGGCGUUCUGUUCACUCUCGAUCAAGAAGUGCUGUAGAUAUGCUUCCUCCCGGCAGUUAUGGCCUACACGGCCAUGGUCUUCUUCCCCAAGACCAAUUCGAAAAAGAGUGGUAUGCAAAACAUCCAGAGGCAGCCCAGAAUGAAGAGACCUCUGGUCAUGGGGUCUACGAGAGUAUUGGAAGCGGCCGUGGCAGCUUUGCACUAAGUAGUGACGAUCUUAACAAAAUCGUCCGGCAAACGGCCAGUCGUGGUGCAGGUUUUGGGACGUCGACGUAUUCCUCAGUACCUGAUGAACAGAUCGCGUAUGGAGCAACUGAUGUUUACGCCUCUCGCUCCCAGGCCAACACUCCAAACAGUCUGGCCAAGACUCUCACCAACAGUUCGCAGCCAGUGGCCGAGUCGCCCUUGAGGAAGACAAGUUUCCCCGCCGAUGGAACCAUUCCUGCCCAAGUCCGGCGCACAGGAAGGCUCUCAGCCUCUCGAGGCUCUGAUGACCACGAUGCCGUGGAAAGUGAGUCAGAGCACGAAGUUUCAAUCCAGCCAAGUCGCCGCUUCAACAAAGUCACUGGUGGUCAAGAGACUAUGAACGAAACUGUAGACGCUAAACCUUAUGUCACCCAUGCUGAUGCAGAGGGUGACUAUGUCAACGAGCACGGUUACACCGUCCCUAUCUUGGCUGCUGACGAGGUUGCCCACUCAGCUGGACAUGAACAUUUGCAGCCUGCCGUCAAUCCCAGGGCCGAGCGUCGCGAAAGCGUGUACGAAGAAGCCUACCGAAGUGGUGAUGCAACUCCGUCAUCGCGGCCCUCAAGUAGACCUAGCAGUGUCUAUGGUUUACACAGUGCCUCCAACACACUCUCCAGGUUCGUUUCACGCCACGACGACGAGCGUGAGCAUCUGCACACACCGCUGGAAGACGUUGAGGAAUACGAGCCCCUGUUCCCGGAAGACGAUGACAAGGCGCCUCUGAGUCAUGCUGAAAGAUUCAAACAAAGACCCAAUUCCCUCAGACAGCGCUUCCCCAGCCAGGAUAUCUGGGAAGAUACUCCAAGCAGUCACUACCACUCCGCUGAAGUAUCGACGCCAGAUCUUCCAGCGCAGGUUGAGAAACCUGCCACCAAGACAUUCGAAACGCCCGAACAAGAAGCUGCGCGAAAAGAAGAGCCAUCUGAAGAAGAACGGAAGAAGCUCAUUCCGAGGGAGGAGCGACUGGCUAAGUCUCGUUUCGCUCCCCAUCUUCGUGAUGACAUGCCCACGAGACCUGGCUUGACGCCCAGAUUCCCUAGCUCUGACAUUUGGGAGGAUAGUCCUGAUAGUCAUCAACUCGUCACCACUGUCAGUACUCCCCAAGAGGAUAACGAGCCGGACAGUCCGGUGGAUGUUCCUGUAAAGCCAUUCGUGCCGCCACGCCCUGCAGGUAAGAGCAGAUUAGGUGAAGGAGCUUCAACAGCACAAGUCGCGCCUAGCAUUCCUGCACGACCCCAGAAGGGGGGGAUUGAAAAAGAGGGAACAACAUCCCCCACUGAAUUGAAGAAAGUCCCAAGCAUACCUGACAAGCCCAAACCUCAGGUCCCAGCACGGCCAGGCAAAAAGGCACCUGGAGAAACUCUCAGUAAAACCAUCUCCGGAGACUCUGCUGGCCCAUCAGAACAUGAAAAGACCUCACCUCCAGUUGCCAAGGUAAAACCUCAGAUCCCAGCCCGACCUGCCGCAGGCAGUAAAAUCGCCAACCUGCGAGGGAACUUCAUGAACGAUCUCAAUCAAAAGCUUGGCCUCGGGCCACCUAAAGAGAAGGAACCAGAACCUGUCGUUGAAGAAGCAAAGCCAUUAGAGGAUGCACGAAAAGGCAGAGCCAGAGGCCCUCAAAGGAGAGCACCAGCAAAGUCUCCUGCAGCUCCGGCCAAAUCUAGUGGUUUUGCAAUCUCUUCACUGCGGUCUUUGUGGACCAUCGAUGAUGAGGACGAGCUAAAUAUUGGGUCAUCCGCAGCGCCAGAGGCUACGUCAGAGUUAGAGGACGCCCCUGCCGCAGUUGGACUUUCGGACGACAAGGCAGCGCAAAUUGAAAACUCCACUCCAGCAGAUGCGCCACUGCCAAAGAUCAUUCAGACGUCGGAUCAUGCAAGCACAGAGGCUGCAGCUUUUGCGGAAGACGUCGCCGAACCUACACUCGGUACGCCUGGAGAGGAAAAGUCGAAUCCUCUGAGUCACCAGCCUUCUGGUGAGGAGGUUGAACAGCUGUCGAAGGAGACGACAGCCAGCAGUGGCCAAGCUUCUGGGCCGGAGUUGGAGAGAGAAGAACCUAACCCGGAUACCGAUGCCAUUCCUGCCAGUCAACAAACAACUGCGAGUACCCACGAAGAGUCUUCCUUGGAGAAGAUGCCCAAGCGGGAAGCAGCUUCAAUCGAGGAACCUCGUGGCACGAAGCUGCCGGAAGGAGAGCCGGGUCAGGCCAGUGCCCAAGAGGUGUAGGCUGGACGGAAACCGUGUCGGGUAGAAGAUCUAUGACAGGGCUAGAUAUGAGAUCAUCAGGUGUCUACUGGUGUGAGGCUUAGAAGUAGAGAAAACAAUGAGAUCUAGGUACCGGUUG